UAAAAAUUUAAAUAUCAAAAUUGCUCAAUAUGGCCAAGAGGAAACUUAAAGAUUUCAAACUAAACAUUCCUGAAAUACCCAAUAUCCGAGCACUAGGUGCCAAUCCAGCUAGUGAACAUGUAGCUAGCGACAAUCACGAAGAGUCUAAAGAUCUAGACAUCGACAGGCUGACCAAGGAGCUCAAGGAGCAUAAGACCGACUUGAAACAGCUUGAGCUACGUAAGAAUAUCAGGAUGCUGGAAUACUUGGAGAAAUGAAAGGAGUUUGACCAAAAGGUUGCCCAAUUGAAGACCAAAAUUAAUGCCAAGAAGUAGCCUUGA